CAACAAAUUAUCGUUCCAGUUGAUGUUCAUUGUAAUAGCAUGGCACCUGCACCGUCAUUGGAUGAACAUUUACCGAAUGAACAACUGUUUGCAACAGAGGAAGCUGACCAAACCGAGUGCACUCCAGUGGAUUCUGUUCGCAACGUCGUCUACAGAUGUAAGCUGAAUAUGACUAAUACUCGUAUUUUGCUGGAAGAAUUAAGGCCCCAUCAUCGUGAGCUGCCGACUGACCCUCGGACAUUGAUGAGGACUAAAGACUUUUUUGAAAGGAGAGCAGUUGGUACUGGAAUAUAUGUUCACAUUGGUCUUCGUCGUCAGAUUUUAUCUCGGUUACAAAUUGUCAGAUAUGAAGUCUCUGUGCCAAUUGCUCUUCAGCUGAACAUUGAUGGUGCCCCAAUUUUCAACAACUCCAAAUUACAGAUGUGGCCAAUACAAGGGAAGUUACUUUUGUCGGGCUGUGACAAGGUAUUUUUGGUAGGAGUGUAGGGGACUAAUAU